AUGAAUGUGUCUGCAGUUCUAGAGUUCUCAGACUGGUGAUCAGUCAGAACGGCCGGGCGCUGCACAUAGUGUCUCAGCACCAGUUCCUGGACUCACCAGAGUGGUUUGGCGUCUCUACUGACGAGUUCUUCCAGGUGUCAGCGACGGCCAUCGAGGACUCUCGAGUGCUCAUCUGGCACCGUGACAAGCUCAAACUCACCAUCAUGGGAGACCAGUUCCUACAAGCGGUCUUCGACCACAUCCUGGGCCGCGACGUGGUCAAGAAGUUGAUGCAGAUUGCAGAGUUUAGAAGAGUCAACGAGUCUCUGUCAGGGAUGGGCAAUGGUCACUGCGUUGCCAACCUGUCUGAUGACAGCGAGAGCAAGCCGCUACUGGUGGUCAAGAAAGGGGAGGAGUCGGGGAGCAUAACAGCCAUUAUCAACCGGCAGUUGCAGGGUGGUGACGAUGGUGGGCAGACUCUGGUGGAGCAACAGCUGGAGGCUGCCGUUGUGGAGAGUCCUAAGACUCUUGCUUCUCUCACCAGUUAAUGACACUCCUCCGUGGAGACUCGGACGCAUUGAGGAAACAGAUCAGGAGACUCCAGUAUGAACCACAUGAGCUGGGGUCUCCCCUUCUCAACGCCUUCAAGCUCUUCGCUCCUCAACUAGAGAACGUCGAGCACUAUCACCACCUCGUCGAGCUUUAGAUGCUGAUAAGGGUCAAUCAAGGGAUACAAAAGCCUCCAGUGCUUGCCAAGAUCCCCUGAUAAUGGUGUCUGUUGUGUUGUAAUAAUGAGAUUCUCUGUGACAUUUGAAGCUUAGUAGCUGAGUUUCAGCUAAAACUUCCUUAUAAGAGCAAUGAUUGUUUAAGACAAUUGCUCUUAUUUAGGGAUAAGACAAUUGCUCUUAUUUAGGGACUGGUUAACCAAAAUUUUGCUUUCCAGCACUUUUGAUAUUCAUGUGCAUACUACUGGUAUAUGUUGAUUGAAAUAAUUUUAACACACACACACACACACACACACACACACACACACACACACACACACACACACACACUCACACACACUCUCACACACACUCUCACACACACUCUCACACACACUCUCACUCUCUCACACUCUCACACUCACACUCUCACUCUCACUCUCUCACACUCUCACACUCACACUCUUACUAUGUUACACUAAAAUACUGUAAGCAAGCUUUUAAUGCGGUGCCACAUACAAGGCUACUGAGAAAUCAAGCCAAGUUAACUAGAAAAGUAAUAGUAAUAAUGGAUAAGAAAGUUGAACAAUAGAAAAAAAUUUUAAUGUAAAAUAUUGACCAAAGUUGAGCCUGUGGCUUGACUUUCCAGGUGACUGCCUGCUUAGCCAGGCUGCUGUUAUCUGCAGCCUUUAGGCCCGUACAGAAAUUACACCGAAUCUGAUUCAGCACUUGCUGUAGGAACCAGUUGUUUCCUCUUGAAAACUUUAUAUCAACUGGUAAAAGACUAAAGAGUAAUGGUGGGUGGAUGUUGACAGAUUUCUCUAAUGAAGGUUAUAAUCCAAGAAUGUGAAAUUUUAUGGAAAUUUAUAGAAUUAUGGAGGCACAGAGUUGACAGUCUGGACACAAUUUAUGCAUUGGUGCUUUUGCCCGCUUUGAGUCUUAUUUCAAGCCAACUCCAUUGCUCAAUUCAACCCAGUUCCUGUUUCACUAAUAUGCGUUCCAUUUUCUUGACCGAGUGCAAGAAACUGCCCAUUCAGCUAUACAUCAGAAUUACCUUAUAAAAUGAACUGAAGUCAGUAAUUUGCCCAAUUUUACACAAAAUUCCAAUUUAAAGAGUCCAAAAUGACGACUAUGUGUGUUCCAGCAACUAAGCAACCUAUCCUCUGUACAUUAAUCGCAUCCCCAGGCCUCUACUAUAAUAUACUUGCUCUUCAUUUUGAAUCCACCAUAACGCAAAAAAAAUCACUGUUACCCUAUUUCUCAGAUACAUAAUACAAUAUAACCAGGAAUGAUUGGCCAUGGUUUAGGGCAUUCCAAUAAUUGAAGCAGGCCUAGUAAAAACCCAUAAAACAAACCAGGGGAAGGGAUGGGGGGACCUUAUCCUUCCUAAUGAUAAUCAUCAAAAAGCACUACUUUGAGGCUUAUUUCAAGGUAUUAUUUUGGGCCUGAAACUGACCAAAAUCAUAUCUUCCAUUCUAUCAAUUGAUACCAAGAAAUACCAACAAAACCAUAAAAGCUAAUGUAAAAAAAAUACUUGAAAGUGGCUAUUUUAAACCAAACACAAGGUCAGGGUUUUGUUGUCCCCCAUCAUGUACUGUUUAGGAAAAGUUUUUUUUUAUAAUGCACAUACUUUCCUAGACCCAUUCUCUCAUAUCUAGGCCAAAAUUUGCCACUCGUAGCAUAUUUGAGGGCACUGUACUUUAAACGUACUUCUAUGUGAGCAACACUAUCAGUAACAUAGAUCUAUGUAAGAGACAGCGAAAGGGUUAAAAAACAGAAUCCAAAAUAUAGUGUAGGCAUUCCAGUCACUAAACCAACCUCUCCUCUGUUCAUUAUCAUGUUUCCAGGUCUCUUAUAUAACACAUGUCCUCCAUUUUUUAAUCCAUCAUCAUAAACAAAAUCAAAGUUUUACCCUGUUUCUCAUAUAACAAAAUAAAAGACAGGAGGGCCUACCAUUCCUCAGGAAAAUCACCAUAAAUCAAAUAUUUCUGCCACCUUGAGGCCUAUUUCAAGCUGCUGCUGGUGUAAAUCCAAACAAAAUCAUCUUUCAUUAGUAGUGUAUGUCCUCCAUUCUAUAAAAUAACCUGUUGUGUACUGUGUGAGACAGGUUUUUUUUUUCUGUGCACAAACUCAUUCUUUUAUGUCUAGGCCAAAAUUUGCCACACGGCAUUAGAGGGUACUGUGCUUGAAACGUAAAUCUAUGUGAGCAACAGUGGGGUCACUAACAGAUCUACAUGGGAGACAGUGAAAGGCUUUAACAGGCGCUGGACAGAAGUCUGGUGUAAGGCCGGAUUGAUAGGGUAGCAAAUCCCUCAAAAUUGGUCAUAGACUUGAGGUCUUCCUACACUUUUGUUUGGCUUUCAGUUUGCAUUCUGCUGUAAGUUUUGACAUCCUUAAUUUAACAGAUGCAUAUUAUUAUAAUCAAAACCAAGUGCUAAACCCACAAGGGUCAUACAGCACUGGAGGGCAGGGUGUGCUUGCUAGAUUCGAGACUAGCGAGGGUGGAGAGGAUAAGAGAGGUAGUUAGAAAGGGCUAAGAGGAGUGCCAAAGGAAGUACUAUUAUCAAAGUUUGUGUUGCUGUCAGAAAGUCAAAGGGAACAGGAACAUAGUAUGUACUUAAUUCUUGUAUUAUUAAUAUAUACUAUGAACAAGAUAGUCCAAAACUAAUCCUUGCGGAACUCCAAUAGAUACACCCUUCCAUCCCGAUAGUAAUCAUUCUUGGUUUUCUAUUGGUCAAGCACAUCCUAAACCAUGCUAAUAAUUUUCCUACCAACCCAGUUUUUCUUUUCCAGUUUGCUUAAUAGCAUUAUAUGUGGCACCGUUUAAGUUUUAUUUUACAGCCUAGGAAUUUGCAGUCUAUCCUUCUCUUAUCUGACUUUUUUUUUUAUGUAGGCAAGAUUUCUGUGGCAAGACCUACUUUGACUCAAUGCUGGUGUUAUGUGAUGAGUUUACCAUAGUGGUUUGUAGAUGUUCAUUUAUUUUUUUAAGUGUGCUGGUAUAUAUAUAAUCUAGUAAUUUGUACUUUACAUUUGUUAGAGACAGGUGUGUAGGUCAGUUUUCCUGCCUGUCAUUCCUUAAAUACAGGUAUUGGCAUCACCUUUGCUACUUUUAGUGAUACGAAAGUUUCCCCAAUAUUUAUUUAAAAAAUUAGAGUGACUUUCACAGCAUUUUAGCUCUAAUUCUUGGUGAUAUUCCAACAGGGUCCUGAUGCUUGUGUCAAGUGUCAUCAAGAGUCUUUUUACUUAUUAAUUAGUAGUUUUUCUUUAUUUAUUUAGUAAUUUUUGGUGGUGUUCUUUCCAGUUUGUCCUCCCUUCUAACUAUAGCUGGUUUUUGUUCAUUUGUGACAACAUUGAAAUUUUCAACUUUGCUUCUCUUAUCAUUGUUAUUACUUAUUCCCUUGUCAUUUUUUAUUCUGUGACUUUGUAGUAGUUCUGAUUGUAAUAUUAAGUGCUAAGGCCAAAAAGGGUUGUAUAGUGCUGCCUCACCUGAAGAUAUUUUAAUUUCCUGGGUGGACUGUCUUCUUAAUUAACUGUAUUUGAGAAAACUUCUCUUUCCUUCAUAAUCAUCUUUCCUAUACAUCAGUUUCUUUUAUUCCCAUUUCAUUUUAUUUUCCCUAGGUAACAGACCAAAGAAAAUGAUCAUGACAGAUUAUACAUUAAAUUUUCAUUAUUGGUCUUGAUAUAGAAAAGAUCCAGCCUACCCUUCUUGUAAUCACUUUGGUUAUUAAAGCUUUAACCUUUUAAAAUAUGGCUCUUAUUCUUGCUAUCAUAUUACUCUUCCAAACAAAAAAAAAAAAAAAAAAAAAAGUUUUUGCCUCUCAUAUCUCCCACCCUUGUUUCAUAAUUUGUCUUCCAACCUUGAAGACAGUUCUUUCAGUCUCUAGUCAUUUUGAUAAACAGAUUGGGGUUCAAAUCUAUGGCAAGGCAAUGUGCUAACGCUAACUACUGUUCCAUGCCAGCCUGAUAAGAUUCAUUAAACUAGGUGCACUUUUAUGCACUAGUUAGGUUAUCAUGGGGCUUCCUAGUACAGUAGAACUUCGGUUUUCGUUUGCUCUGCUUUUCAUUGAAUUCAGUUUUCGACAAUUUUUUUUUUUUUUUUUUUUUUUUAAAUUUUAUCCCGGUUUUCGUUCAUCACCUCAGUUUUCAUCGAGUUGACAGUGGUCCAGCAUACUGAACGUGUCCGCCUGCGCCCACACAAAGCAUCUCAUGCGUUCAGUUUGGCUUUGUUUCUCGUCGGUAGAGGGUGGUAGUCAUGGUGGUAGAGAUAACCUCUACUCCCUCUUCCCUUCUCGCUGUCUUCCAUAUGCCAACAAGAGUCUUCGAUAAAGGUAAAAGCAAAGUUAAAUGUUCAUAUAUCCAUUUCAUUAGUCCUUUAUAUUUAUUUCUCAUUGGUUUCUGUAAAACUAUAGUUAUUCUCUAUAAAAGGUAUUUUUUGUUAAUACUUUUGGGUGUCUGGAACGGAUUAAUUGGAUUUCGUCAAAUUCGGUUUUCAUCAGACUUUCUAGAACAAAUUAAUGACAAAAACCAAGGUUCCACCAGAUGUACAGAAAUACACCUAGUUGGAUGAACAAAUCAGGUUGGUGUAGUACAGUGGGUAACUCGCUGGCCUGCUAGUUUUCUGACUAGCUUGUAAAAGUAGGAUUUGAAUCCAUGACAAGUUUUCUCUACCAGUGUCUACUGUCGCUCUCUUAAGGUACUGUACAAAUGACUCCCAGGUUUCUAUGCUCUUUACAAUCUCUACAUAACCCUUAACACCUUUCUUUUGCUAGGUCAUUUUCCAUCAUCAAUUCCUAUCUCAAUAUUUUCCUUUUGUUUUUCUUACUUAAUCCUAUUUUUCAUUUGCCAUUUUUCCUGGUAUUUGUUCCCUUUCUGAUUACUGUUGCCUAGUUGUAGCUACAGGAACAUAGCUAUGCUUGUGGUGUCCUGUCUUCUAUUUAAUUUGUCAUAUAUAAUUUUCUUGAAGUUGGCAGGGGUGGUAGCACUUACUACCUCCUCUUGGAUUUCAUUCCAGCAGUCCAAAACUCUGUGAAUAAUAGCUUCCUAGUAUCCUUUCAGCACUUUUUUUCCAGUUUACAUUUGUGCACAUGCAGUGCAUGUGCACUAAAGAGUAAAAAAUAACUGUGCAACUCCUAAAUGCAGUACACACAGAAAACAGACAACAAAAAAAACAGUAAAUAAAACAAAAAUGCUUAACCAUGCCCAAAAUAUUAGAGGCAUUGUUAAAAUUACUGUUUACUACAGUUUAAGAUAAACAUUUCCAUAUUUUCUGGAUUGUAAAUAUUAUUAUAGUGUAAAAGAAAAAUACUCGGGUUUUGUAAAUAAAUUUGAGUAGAUAAUGAGUUACAUGUUGAAAGUAAUGCUGAAUGAAUGAAAAGUAAAAUAAUUUAGCCAUAUAACAUUUUAAGAAAUGUUCAUUAUCUAUGUUACUUUUUGUAUUACAAUGCAUUUAUAUGAAAUUUUAAAAACUUUUUAUGGCUUUGUUAUUGCAGGUUUUUAUGGUCUGUGAUCUUGGUUCGGUUUUUCCCAAACCCAGGAAAAAGAUGCAUCUCAGCAUUUGUGAAAGCUGAUUCUAAGUCAUGUGUGUUCAGCAUGAACAGGUCUUUCAGGAAAGUUCACAUGUGGAACUAGCCAAAAUCACAGUUGAUACAAUUAUCUGAUUAUAUUCAGUUAAAUUUUUUCAUUUGUCAAAAAAAAAAAUGUCUGAAUAUUAUUUUUGUAAGCAUUGGCUCUAAUGAGAUUUAUUGAAAAGCAAUGUGAUGUACUUUAAGGUUAUUAACCCUUUCAGGGUCCAAGGCCCAAAUCUGGAGUCACGCACCAGUGUCCAAGAAUUUUCAAAAAAAAAAUUUGUUAUUUUUUCUUAUGAAAUCGUAGAGGAUCUUUUUGUGAAGGUAAUAAAACAAAAAGUACGAAAUUUGGUGGAAAAUUGACGAAAUUAUGCUCUCGCGAAUUUUGAUGUGUCAGCGAUAUUUACGAAUCAGCGAUUUUGCCGACUUUGACUCCCAUUUUAGGCCAAUUACCUUAUUCCAAUCAACCAAAUUCUUAGCUAUUUCACUAGUAUUACUUCUAUUCUAUCGAUUGAGCACAAGAAAUCGCCAAGUCAACUGUUUCAACUACAAAAUAAAGUGAUCGGAAAUUGUUAAUUUGGCCAAUUUAACACAAAGUUCAAAAUAUUCCAAUUUCAAAAUAGGGUCCAGAAUAAACAAUGUAGGCAUUCCUGGCACUAAACUAACAUUUCCUCUGUUCAUUACUUAUGUUUUGAGGCUUUACAAAUAAAUUCCAUUUUGAUUUUUUAUUCACAUAAUGAAUUUUUAUUCACACCAAAAAAUAGAAGAUUUACUGUUAUUCAAUACUGUAAGAAUUGUAUAAAUAUCAUCACCAUAUUUGUGAAUGUAUAUUAGACCCACCAGCUGAUGUGUAUUAGAUGUGUGAGGUCGUUUGUUUACUCUUGAAUAUCGGCAAAAAUUUAACAUUUCCGCUACUUUGAGCUCAGUUUCAAGCCAUUCCAGUGCUAAAACCAAUCAAAAUCAUCUCUAUUUCUGUAAUAUGUCUUCCAUUCUAUCAAAUGAGACCAAGAAAUCGCAAAUACAACUAUAAAAAACAUACGAAAAAACACUGCAAAGUUGCUGUUUCAAUCGAAAAAUCAUGAUUUCAUUUUUUUUCUCUCAUUAUACACAGUGUGCUGCAGGAUCUGUUUUAUGUGGUGCACACAUACCACAUAUAUGUAUUCUCUCAUAUCUAGGCCCAAAUGUACCACUCACAGUUUAUCAGAGUGAGCUGAGCUCAUGGCGUAGAUCUACGGUUUGGACACUCACCAUAAAGCCGUAGAUCUACGGGACGGACCCUGAAAGGGUUAAGAAUAAGAAGGCUGUGGGUAUGACAAUGUUAUGUAAAAUCAUUCAUACAUAUAGAAUUAGUAUCUAAAUUUUGCAUUAAUUUUUACACUAGCAUAGAACUUACAUGUGAUAAUAUACUAAGAAAAUAAAUUUUCAAGUUAGAUUGUUUUGCAGUUAUAUAAUUUAAAUAUUUUCCUCUUUUUCUGAAUAUAAAUUUAGUUUUAUUCAAAGAUUUUAGUGUAAAAUUUACUGGUACUGUACACAUUACCACCAUAAGACAUGUUGAACCUAGCAAUAGCAACAGGGCUUUUCUUUCUGAUCAUUAUAAUGAAGUUGUGAUUUUGCCAGAGGAAGUCCUUUGGCAGGUAUGAGAUGAUGUAUUUGAUUGUCAGUUUGUAUUGCUCAACCAUUUGACCACCUUUGUAAUGAGGGCAUGACAAGUAAAUUAGAAUAGCAA